GUAAAAUUAGAUCUUGAAGUUGUACGUAGCCCUUCUAGACAAAUAAAGCUUGCUAUUAAAUCUCCGCGAUGAAAGAAUAAAGCCAGAGUAUCGGGCUGCUUUAAGGAUGAGAAGGCCGCUAUCAUGGCGGGCGGAUGCGGUCACCUGAAACAGACCCGGGCGGAGGAGAUAGAAAUCCUUCCUUAUCCUUGCAGCAGACAGCAGGAAGGCAAUAACCGAAACAAUUUAUUCGUAUUCCCGGCUGACACUUUUCACGACGCUCGAACGAUACUUCUUCCGUCCGGUAGUUUCAACAUCAGUGAAGAUUUAGAAGAGGACUGUGGUCAUUCGAGGGGUAGUACUUCCGCACUGUUCAUCGCGGGAGUUCCUUUGACUUCUUCUUCUUCUUCCCCCACCGCCGCGAGGACCAAAGCGAAGCUGCAGCGCACAUCCAAAAAAUCGACGCGGACGCACGCCGUUCCCUUAUAUGGAUGGAACGAAAAGCAUGCGCCCGCCGCGAGCUUUCGCGCUUAGAUUGCUCCACAGUCUAGGUCUCCACCUCUGGGCCGCCUGGUGGUGGACCAACUACACGCCAGCAGUCUACUUCUAUCGCGAUGUGGCUUGCACCCGCCUCCGCGCGCAGGCGACGCUGAAAUCGUCUACCUUUUCUCUGCCCCGCCACGUGCAUGACUUUCCGGGCGCGCCCAAAGCAGACGCGUUGGAGGACGACGCGACUUUGCAAACCCUUCGCCUGGUUCAGAACCGCAGAAAGCAGCUCCGGAGGCAACGGUUUUUGCAACGGCUGUUCCCGGAAAGUAGUAAAGCGAAAGACAAAGAUAAUGGUGGAAAAGGAAAAAUAAACUACGGAAAUAAAGCAGCAAAAGGAACAAAUGCGAACCAAAAUUUUCUUUCCGACGAGGACAGCAUCCAUAAUCGGGACAAGGAGAAGCUGAAACAGGAAGCAGAUGACAUCAGGGCUCGCACCAGUAGAAUCAACGGGGUGUCGGCACUGCAGGUGUCGCAAAAACUCUCGGCAGGAGCUUCUUCAAAGUUGUCCGCUGCAGCUGCAACAGGUCGCGGAUCAUGGUCUUUGUUCGGAAGCUCUACGACCCCCGCAACGAUGUUGCACAACGGAAUGACGCCGCUGAAAGAUCUGCUACCAGCUGGGAACAGAGCAAAAAUCAAAUCUUCCACCUCGACAGGCACUGCAGUAGGUUUGCUGGACACGACGACGAAGGCGUCGACCACCGGGGAACAAGCAGAACAAGAUGAGAACAUGUUCUCCAACCAAGUUCUCAUCGAGGCAAAUCCAAAAAUAAUCCUGAUGGUCCUCUCCGGCAGAACCAACUGGGAAGCGAGGAAAGCGCUGCGGGAAACGUGGCUGAAGGUGCAGAAAAACACGCACCCUCAGUUGUACAAGGACCCCGUGGACCAGUUGCUUUUCGUGCAGAACCCGACGUAUCACGGAAGAGCAGGAGGUGGAGGAGGACCACAAGUUGUACUAGGUGACGACAAGAGCAAGCAAACAAACGACCCGCAGAGCAAACUGGAAAACUUCAACAGCAAAUACAACAACAAAAUCGCGUACUUCAUGGUCGGCGCCCGGGGUUGCGAAGUGCCCGAAAAGAUGCGAGUUGCAAAAUGGGACUGCACGGAGUCCCCAGCGUUGAUGAAUGUAUGGGACAAGGACGGCACAACUUCGAAAGCAGGAACUCCUGCAUCAAACACGUGGCAGCUGUCGAGACAGGAACAGUACAAGAAACUAGCGAACGAGGAGAGGAAAAUCAACGCAACGCUACAAUCCGAAGCAGAUUUGCACGGGGAUGUGGUGUUGUUGCCGCACGUGGAUACCUACUUCUCGAUCAGCAAGAAAGUGAAGCUCUCCAUCGCGUGGCUCCUGGAAAAAGAUCCGACUCUGGACUGGAUUGUGAUAUCCUGUGCAAAAGUAUCGUACUCGUAUUGCAGUCAUGCAUAUACAAAUCUUUUUUUAAGUUAAAUCUGCAUUACAAAUUUCAUUUCUCAUGCUGAGGAAAUGCAUUUAUACGAGUGCGAUACUUUUGCAAUGCAUAUGUGAAGGUCGACGACGAUGUGUACGUGAAGUUUCGGCCGCUGCAGAAGUAUCUGACGCAGCUGCUCGCCGACGAGAAGGAGAAACUGAAGAAACAUCCGCAGACGGACUUUGGGGCGAAGUUUGACCACGGAACUCCGGGUAUCCCACAGAAAAAAGCAGGCAGGUCAGAUUUGUAAUGCAACAAUAGAUACACAGGCAAAUCUGUCAUGGGCGAAAGCCAUAGAAUGCUGUUUAGGGCAUGUAAUGCGUAUUUUUUUGUUAUAUUUACUUUUGCAUUACAAAUUUGGCCUGCCGGUCUUUUUCUGGGGGAUACCGGGGCUGAUCGUCGGCAACGUGAACUACGAGCAACCGGCUUUGGACGUGGGAAAGAACGGGGAUCCGUCGUUCGACGAAGAGUUCUACCCGUUACUGCAUGACAAGAUAUGCAGAUACAAAAAUAAAAGUAUCGCACUAUGUAUGAAUGGCAUGACAGUUUUCACAAUUUUCUAAGGGACCGAAAUGCAAUUUGUCAUAGCAAAUCAGGUAGAGGGUUUUGUCCUGCAUGACCACUACAAUAAUUACUUUUACUACGAGCGCGAUACAUCAACUUUUUGCACAGCAUACAAGAAGGGCAAGAACAGGAUGGAGAGCCAGUACAAGGACCAGUACGGCUACAAUGAGCACUACUACCCGGAAUACCCAUCUGGUGCCUCCGGUGUCGCGAUAACGCAUCGGGUGGCGGCGUACGUCGCGCGACAUAUGGGGUUCUCAAACGUUACACUCUCAACUGUUACACGAUUUGCCAUGCAAAAACGCUAUCACUUUUCACACGAUCAAGCCUUCUUCGCAUUACAACUUCUCGACGCGCUAAAUAGUACUAGAGUCCGUCCCAAAUCUGUCAUGCAAAAGGCGCAAUAUUCACCCCUUUCAGUUUUGCCAUUCUUGCAUUAGAAAUUGAUGUAACAGGAGUUGAGGAUGUAACGCUUGAGAAUGCCAUACGGCACCCGGAGCGGCUGCGGGAAGGAAAGUCGGAGGAUACGAAUUGGGGUGUUUGGCUGUGGAGCAACGAACUUCCGUCCUCCUUCCAUUUGGUUGACGCGCCCAGCCACUUUGUCAAGUUCGGGAAAAUUGCGGCGGGGGUAAAUUACCGGUUCUGCUCGGACCCGGAGGCGGGGGUGAUCGGACACGGAUUUUCGCCGGCCGAGUUGAAAAGAUGCGAUCAGAUUGUGGAAAAGCAGGCCGUUUUCAUGCAGAAGAUGAAGAAGAUGAAAAGUUCGCUCGUUCACGACGAGGUGUGAUGAACAGGGGGCGGGAAAUAGAGCAAGCAGAAGGCGAAGAGGAGGAGAGGUACACAGAAAAUAGAUGAACAAGUACUACCUAGUACUUUUGAUUGGAGCGUUUACCAACAGCAAUAAUUAGCUCAGAAGCACCAGAGUAUCGGACUUUGAUCAGGUUUAGCAAGAGUCAAUUUUACUUUUACAACAACUUCUCAUAUUAUCAACGGAUUAGCAAUUGUUAUCACGUAGUGCCUCUACUAGUACGGAGGUAGAGAUAGAAGAGCCAGUUUAAGUUUUACGUUUAGCGGAGUAGUUGAAGAAGAUGAAGCAAUGAGAUCUAGUGAAGAUGCAAAGGAGGUAAUAUAUACAGACACAGCGAACUACUAGAAGUUUCCGCCGAUUUUUUGACUGUGUGGCUAUACACAGUGAGUAUUCGACCUUGCCAGAAAUGCUUUUACAUUUUCAGACAAAUGCCCAAGGUGAAAAGAAGUCUACAGCAACAUUUGGAUUUCCAAGAAAUCAGUCAACAUGAAGAAGGACAAGGAUAAUGCAACAGAAGAAAAAAAAUAUUUACUAGAAUUCAACAAUUGAAAGUAGGACUUUUUUGAAAAAUGUUGAGUAUCACACCAUAGGCGACAGUGAGUCGUGGCUUUGGUAGGAAAGCAGGCUCACCGAAUAAUUUAAGAAAAAUGUAUUGUACAAAACUUUUACAUAUGUCGUAUCUUUCUCACCGCUGCACUCGCUUUUGGAAUAUGUGGAAUCGGAGGACCGCCACGGAUGGAAUGCUUUAUCUGUUGGACGAGGGGACGCAAGUGUGUUUAGCAGUGAAUGGCAAUGGA